AUGUUUCUUAAUCUUUUACUAUUUUUUUUUUUACCUCGCCUUAUCUUUUACAAUUGCCUUUCUUUUUGUCAUUUUUCCUUUAUUUCUUUUUCUACUCUCUUCCCUCUCUAUCUCAUUAUUAUUUUCAGGUAUAUUUCUCCUUCAUUUUCAUUCUCAGUUUAUAUUUUGCAUUCUUUUUUUCUUCUGGCUAGUACAUUUUGGAUUCUUUCCCGUACAGCCAUCCCGUUUUUUAUUCGUAUAAUUUGGCAUUUUUUUAUUUAUUUCUUUUCUUUCCUACAGCAUUUUGCUUUUUUCCUUGAUUUCGUGUUUACUGUCUUUCUACUUUUAAUUUCUUUUUCUUCGUUCUUACGUUUUCAUUCUUCUUUUUUUUUAAUUUCAUUUGCCUUUUUCUUUUCAUUGUUUUUAUUUCCUUCUUAUUCUUUUAAUUUCUCUUUUUCUUUUCCCGUCUUUCUUUCAUUCGCUUUAUGGGCUUUUCAGUUUUAUCGGUAUAUUUUCUUAUACGACAUCAAUCUCAAAAUUUCUAACGCAGGCCUGAGGAAAAAUUCAUUUGUCUCUGGCAAACGAUUCGAAAGGGCCUGCAACAAUUAUUGA